AUGAUCGAUGACGCGAGCCGGGGGCCCUAUAGCGACUCUUACGCCAGCGAUCACGGCGACGAUCACGGCGGCGAUCACGGCGACCGUCGCGGCUGGAAACCCGGAACCGGCUGGCGCAGUGCAGCCGCGUGGAAGACACUAGUUUCGGGAGCGCGGCGGUUGGUGACGGGCAGAAGGCGGAGGCGCGACGAUGCCGGUAGCGAGGGCGACAAUAGCGAGUACUACUCAGACCGGACGUAUUCGGAUGAGGAGUUGUCGAUAGCGGAAGGCAGCGUGGCGCAGUCCGCUGUCUCUUACAGUCGAGCCUCCACCAGCGCAUGGUGGGCGCAGACGGACAACUACAGCAACCCCUACCGCCGCCGCUCCGCCCACGCGCAGCACUACCCGCAGCAGGGGGAAGCCGGAGGGCGCGCGCAGGGGUACGGGCGCGGAAGCAGCGCGGGCAAGGGCGGGAAACGAUCCGCGCUAGAUGACGUGUUAGUGGACCUAUCGAGCCAGCUGCAGGGGUCGCAGGGGGUGGGCGCGGAGGGGAGUGUGGCGGAGGGGGAGGGGGAAUGGGAGGAGGGCGCGGGGGAGAUGCCCGGGCCGUGGUUCUGGCCGUCGUGGUGCCCCUGCCCGCGCGUGCGCAACCCCAUCCUCGUGUACCGCCUAGCAGCCAUGUUGCUAGUGGCAGUGAUCAUCUUCCUCCUCACCUUCUUCACAUGGCUCCUCACAAGCUCCUACUACAAUAACUCAGUACAGACGCUGACGAUGAACUACCGCAAGCAGCUGCUGAUGCGCACGCAGGAGCGCGUGGGAAGCAUCGUGGAGGGCACUCGCAACGUGUCGCUCACGUACGCUGCCGUGCUGCAGGCUGGCUUGGAGGCGCAGGAGAAGGCGCAUGGCACGGCGCACGAGGGGCAUGUGGACAUUGAAUGGAGCCUAGUCAACACUACGGUGCGGGAGAUGACGUGGGCGGUGUACGCGUCGAACGAGGCGCGGGUGUCAUCGGUGUUCUUUGGGUCGGUGAACGGGCUCUUCAUGAGCUACGCCUCCACCUCCCAGCAGCGCUUCUGCAUCUACAGCUCCCACCCCCAUGAGCACGUCUCGCUCACCAAGGCUCAGAACUUCACCUCGCAGCCUGUGAUUGGCCCAACAGCGCUGUCUCUGAGCAACACCACGCACAGUCUGAACGGCACUGCGGUCACGGACGUGUGGCCACUCUCACCCCCUCCCGCUCACCAGGUGGAGUGGGCCGUGGCGCAAGUAACCAAUGACACCCCGCCCAUGAUAUUUGCUUUCGCCACUGUCGCUCCCAGCACCCUGCUGCUCGCCCCCAUCUCCCCCACCUCGCCUCCCCCGGGGGCCGCCGCCCCCAUAGGGGGAGUGCUGCGCCAGGGGGGGGAGACAGGGCAGGGCGGAGAGGGGGAGGUGACACCUGGGGCGGGUUCGCUGGGGUAUGCGGGGAUAGCGGGUGUGGCUCAGCCUCUGGAGGGGGUUCAUCGGUUUAUUGAGCAGCUGGAUCUGCUCAAUGGGCUGCUCUAUGUUGUGUGGUUCAACGGCAGCGACGCACGAGUGAUUGCCUCCUCGGCCACCAACAGCACCCUCUACACCGCCCCCACUCUCUCCAACAACGCUCUCCUCGCCAUGGCCGCGCGCUUCCUGGAAGCUUCCUUCUCCAUGCAGGACCUGCUGCGCGCGUGCACGUUCUCGGACCGCGUCAGCGGCAAUCCCGAGGCAUCCGACAGCCAGUACUAUGUUGACAGCUGUCCUCUUUCCUCGCCGCUCUUUGAUGACCUUCAGCUGGUGGUGGUGGCAGUGAUACCGCGCAGCAGCAUCAUGGGGGCUAUAGAGAUGGGCAGCACGGUGACGGUGUGGUCGUGCUUUGGCAUGUCGCUGGGGCUGCUGCUCGCGGGUUGUCUGCUCAUUCUCAAGAUGACCUCGCGCAUCAACGUCGAGUGGGAACUCAAGCAGGAGCUGAUUCGGCAACUAACAGCCAAAGACCAAGCGGAGAAGUCAAGCAACUUCAAGAGCCAGUUCCUGGCCAACAUGAGUCACGAGCUGCGCACGCCCAUAGCGGGCAUCAUCGGGCUCUUGGACCUGCUAUCAUGCGAGGCUCUCUCGGAGGAGCAGGAGGUCAUGGUGGCUCAGAUCCGCCGCUGCGCGGGGGGGCUGCUGGCGCUCGUCAACAACGUGCUGGACAUCAGCCAUGUGGAGUCGGGCGUGUUGGAGCUGGCAGUGGCGCCGUUCCACAUCCUGGAGGAGCUAGAGGCGCUCGUGGAUCUCUUCUCAGUGCACUGCAUCCCCCACGACAUCGACAUCGCUCUCGACGUCUCCGACGUCUCCGGUGCGCUGCUGCGCUGUUGUGCACUGCUGCGCUGUGUUGCUCUUCAAAGCGCCUUUGGAGUUCUCCUCAACGUGUCUGAUGUGACGGCUCUAGAGAUGCUGCGCUGGUGCUGCACUUAUCGAGUUUGUUUCGACGUUUUGAUCCCCACCCAUCUCCCCCUCGCCUCCCCCCAAACAACUCUCCCCUGGUGGGAGGUCCUCUCCUCUCCCCCCCUUGACAACCAACCCUCUCACAUCCCUCACGUAGGCCUCUUGAGGCGCCUCAAAAGUCCCCCCUUGACAACCAACCCUCUUACAACCCUCACGUACCCCUCGCCCCACAUCUCUCCCCCCCACCCCCUUCCCCCCCCCCGGCGUUCGCCUCCCCACCUCCCCCCUGCAUUCCCCAUUUCCCCUCUCUGUCCGCCUGCCCCAGACGACUUCCCCCUGGUGGUGAUAGGCGAUGCAGGGCGGUUCCGGCAGGUGCUCACGAACCUGCUGGCGAAUUCGGUGAAAUUUACAGUCAAGGGGCACAUUGUGGUGCGCGCGUGGGUGGAGAGCAAGCAGCCCCUAGCGGAGGACCCUCUGACGUUCUUCGGGCUAGGAUCUGCCCUCCCCUUCACCACCACCCACUCCUCCUCCACCACAGCCUCUCUCCCUGGCAACCACCACUCAGCCGCCUCCUCUGCUGCAGCCGCCGCAGCCCCCCGCACACACCACUCCAGCACCUUCCUCCGCCCCUCCAUCUCCACCACUCCAAGCAUGCUCAACGGCCCUCCGCUCGUCCCCAUGUCCGCCCUCGCCGGCCCUCUCACCAGCAGACGUACUGAGUCUGGGAUAGGGUAUAGCUGGUCUAGCCUGCAGGUCUCGUCUAGUGGGCGUCCCUGGGGGGCAAUGGGAGGGGUUGGGAGCGGUGGGGCGCGGGGCGGCGGCGGGAGGAGGAGGAGUAUGGCUGGGUCAGUGAGUGGGUUUAAGCUGGAAGGUGGAGGGAUGGGGCCGGGGGCUGGAGGCGGCGCAGGGGAGGUGGAGGAGGAAGAGGUGGUGUUGGUAUUCGAGGUAGACGAUACAGGGUGUGGGAUUCCGGUAGACAAGCGCGAGCAGGUAUUUGGCAGCUUUGUUCAGGUUGAUGCAUCGUCCACACGCACGCACGGAGGGUCCGGGCUGGGGCUGUAUAUUGUGCGGGGGUUGGUGGAGCUGAUGGGAGGGGGUAUUGCGGUGGGGGAUAAGGACGAGCAGGGGACGCUGAUGCGGUUCCAUAUUAGGUUGAAGAUUCCGCCGCCCCCCCCGCCCCCCCCUCCGCUGCUGCAGCUGCCUCUGCCUGGGCUUGGGGGGCCUGUUAGGUAUGGCUCGGGCAUUCCGUUGAUACAAGACACGGACUCAGCCAGUGUCACAUCAGGCCUAGAGGGGGGUGGGCAGGCUAUUGCCUCUGCUCCUCCUGCUGCUCCUGCUGGCGCUCUGCUGACCAGCACCGGUGCCGCCUCUGCUGCUGCGGCAACUGGAGGGGAGAGCAGCGUAGGAGGAGGAGGAGGAGGGGGAGUAGGAGCGGGAGGGGAGGAGGGAGAGGCAGAGAGUCCGUCUGAUUGGGGUGCUGGCGGUAUGGGGGGCAGUGGGCCAGGCCGUUCCUCCUCCACCAUAGGAGGCAGCUCUGCCGUUUCGGGACUUAGCGGUUUACGCGCAUUCCUGGGCAUGUCUGGCACUCUUGCUCCGGGUAGCAACGACCUGGGUGCUGCUUGGACCGGGUUGAAUCGAGCCGGGUCAGGAAUAGGAGUAGCCGGAGGGGUGGGAGGAGGAGGCGGAGGAGGAGGAGGAGGAGGAACAGGGCAGCAGCUGAGCAUGCCUCUUCAGAGAGUAACCCACAGUUCGCUACUAGACGGGACGCAGGAUUUGACCGGUGGAAUCGGAGGAGCAGGGGGGGGAGGAGCGGGGCAAGGAGGCGGAGUGAGAAUGAAGUGGCAUGUGCUCCUAGCCAUGUCGGAAUGCCCGGGGAAAGCCGUAGCGUCGCGCUGGUUCGAAGGGCAGGGCCUAGCAGUGAAGCAGGUGCGGUCGUGGGAUAGUAUCUUCCCCAGCCUGAGCUAUGUCCUGCAUGCGUCCGCCAUGCCGUCUGUUGCAUCUGGGACUGGGAGCACCCGGUCGGGGCAGGGUGGGGCGGGUGGGCGUGGGACUGCGAGUGGUGCCCCUUCCGCCAGUGCUAGUGCCGUUCAGUCUCGCACUGCCACCCCGCGAGGUGCUGCUUCUGUCGGCGCUGCAAUUUCCUCUGCUACUGGUACUGCCACGGGUGCUGCUUCUGCUGCUCUUGCGUUCUCUCCUGCUGCCACUGCUGCUUUCCGCUCAGCCUCUCCCCACAUGGCUGGUCCGGGGCUCAGUAGCAGUAGUACCGACUCCGCUCCUGCUGCCAUUCGCACCGUCUCGGCAGACCGAGCAGGACGAGCAGGGGGAGGAGGAGGGGGAGCGGUAGGAGUGGUGGGUGUAGGGGCUGGGACAGGGGUGGGCGGAGGGAUGACAAGGGGUGGUGGUGGUGGUGGUGUGGCAGGAACGGGUGUGAGUGGACCAUCAGCAGCAGCACGGCUGGCAGGGGCACAAGCCCUGCUGCAGGCGUCUCAUGUGGGCAUGUCUCUCUCCCACAGCAGUCCUGAGCUUGGGCUCUCUGCCCUCUCUGGCUACUCCCCCAACUCCCUCUCUCCGGCUUCCACCCCUGCUGACAGCAGCGGCGGCGGUGGCAGCGGCGGUGGUAGUACAGGUGCGCGCGUGGCAGGGGUUCGAGCGCUGCGCUCGCUCUCCCCUCUCUCUGUGACUGUCCCAGACGCAAACGAUGCAGUUCCGCUAGAGGAGCUGUCGGGGGGGAGUGCGAGGGAGGCCACAACAGGGAUGGUAUCGGCGCGCUUUGCUGGCCUCUCCUCUGCUGCUGCUGCCUCCGGGGGUCGCAGUGGUGGGAGUGCUAGUUCUGCUGGUGGUGGCGGUGGCAGUGGUGGUGGGAGUGGGGGUGAUGUGGGCGGGAACGGGACCGGCGGCGGCUUGUCUAUGAAGUACCGUACUCGGAGUAUGCCUGCGCUCAUACCUUCGUUUGGGGGUAAUUUUGAUGGAUUUGAGGAGGGCUAUAUGGAGGAUGAGUGGGGGAGGCCAGUGGGGGGAGGUGGGGGGGGCUAUGGUGGUGCUUCUGGUGGGGGUGCUGCUGCUGCUGGCGGUUCUGGUGGUGCCAGUGCUGCUGGCGGUGGGAGGGGAGCAGGAGCAGAAGGGGCAGGUGGGGGGCAGCAGCAGCAGCAGCAGCAGUACCCGCGCCAGGUGCCUCCAGAAAUGGGAAAGCUCUGUGAGGAGAUGAAGACGCUGCGAGGGAAGCGGUGCAAGGCGAAUCAGAACCUGCUGGUGGUGUGGCUGUUGCCGCCUGGCGUGAACCCGGUUAUUCGGAGGUUCCUGCAGCAGCAGCCGAAUACAGUGCUGACUUCUCGCCCGCUGCACUCGUCCCGCCUUCGCAACUUGCACACGGCGUUGGUCCGGCUUGUUUCGUCGGCUUCCGUUGAGGGGGCUGGUGGUGGUGGCGGCAUGGGCUUUGAUUCCUCUUCUGGGGUAUCUGGUGCUAGCAGCGCCGGUGCUGCUGCUGCUGCUGCUGCUGCUGCUGGCGGGUUUGGGGGCUCUGCAGGGGUUGGCGCAGUGGCAAGCGCGGGUGCAGCAGGGGCUGGGGCGGGGGGGAGGAGAGGCAUGUGGGGGCAUUCGGCUGUCAACCGUAGUGCCCCGUCUGCUGCUGCUACUAGGGCAAGUUUCACCGGUGCUCCUGCUGCUGCUGCUUCUGCUGCCGUGCCUGCGGGUAUGGGUGGUGCUGGCAUGGGUACUGCAGGAGGCGGCAGGUGGAAUUAUAACUCGGGGAUGGGAGCAGGGCUGGGAACGGGAGGAGGAACAGGCAUGGGCCCAUCCCAUUUGCCUCCUCUGCAGCGGUCUCGCUCAGAAAUGCCGCGCAUGGGGGGACAGUUGGAAUACUCCUCUGACCGGCCCCAGUCAGGGUCCUCCGCAGCUCUGCGUGCUGCUGCUGCCUACGGCCUUGCACCUCCAGACCCACUCACUUCCGUCACUUACGGGAGUGCUGGUAUGGGUGGUGGUGGUGGUGGUAGUGGUAACAGUACUGGUUACCAGCGGCAGCUGCUGCUUCAGCAGCAGCAGACGUUUGGGUUGGGAUGGGGAGCAGGAUCAGGAGCAGGGACGUCUGGAGGAGCAGGGAGCCUUGGAGCAGGGGGCAUGGGCAUGGGGGGAAUAGGUGGGAUGGGGAGCGGAAUGGGGGGGAUGGGUCGCAACCGACUGCUGCCCCUCCCCGCGCCUGCGCACCACUCGCCCUUGCACGUGUCUCGGAAGGGAGGGGGGGGCCUCCGCCCCAUGCAUUCUCUACCUGCUGGGAUUUCUCUGUCGGCCCUUACAGAGGGGGCGGGAGAGGGGGGCGCAGCAGGUGGUGAUGGGGGAGGAGGAGGCGUAGGAGGAGGAGGGGCAGGAGAAAGGAGAGGAGGAGGGAAGGGUGGUCGUGGGGCGGGUGGGCUGGUGGGCGGAAGAGGGGCAGAUAACAGGAGGGGGCAAGGGGAAGGCGGUGGAGGAGGAGGGGGAGGAAGAGCAGGAGGAGGAGCAGGAGGAGGAGCAGGAGGAGGGGCAGGAGCAGGAGGGUCAGAUGGAGCAUCUGUUUCUGGUCCCUCCCUCUCCGCUACUGCUGCUGGUGCUGCUGCUCCUACUGCUGCUGCUGCUGCUGCAGCUGAUGGUGCUUCCGACGCUUCACCUCCUCAUGUGCACCUCAGUUGCCCCUCCCUCUCCUUCUCCUCCCUCCACAACUCCUCGCCCUCCUUCUCCCCCAUCUCUGACGCGCUUUCUGCUGCCAGUACCGCUACCUUUCACCCUGGGACACGCAGCACAGCUGACGAUGCAUCACCUGCACCGUCUACUGCUGCUGCUGCUGUUGCUGCUGGUGCUAGUGGUGGUGGUGUUGCUGCAUCAACAGCAGCAGCAUCAACAGGAGGAGGAGCAGGAGGGGAAGGAGGGGGGGGAUCAGCAGUGGGGCUACGAAGCCAGCGGUCUAUCACACUAGGCUCUGCUCCAGCUCCCCCUGCGCUCAUCCUCUCCCCCACGCCCUCCCUCACCUCCCCCACGUUCGCCGACCCACUCUCUCCCCAACUUGGAUCCUCCUGGACCCAUCCCAGCGUCACACCCACCCCUCCCUCGCACACUCCCCCUCCUUCUGCUGCAGCUGCCGGUGCUCCGGAACCUUCCAAACAGCCACACUCCCCGCCCACCACCACAACCACCACCACCGCUGCUGCGGCGGACACACUUCAGAAAUCCCCGAGCGUGCCUCCCAUCACACCGCAAUCUGACACUUUCCCACCAGCAGGCACGCCUACCUUGGAUAACACCCAAAAGUCCCCAAUUCCCCCUUCGAUUCCACGCAAGGGCAGCCACAAAGAUAUUGCUUCCCUUCUUUCGUCCCUGGGAAGCAGCAGCAGCGGCAGCGGCAGCGGCAGCGGCAGCGGCAGCAGCAGGAGCAUGUCGCGGAAAGGCAGUGGGAAGGAUGCGAGGGACGGGGCUGGGGAGGGCGGUCAGAGAGGGUGGAGCAGUGGGAGCGGUGGGAGCAGUGGGAGGGGUAUGGUGAGAAAGGGGAGUGGGAGGGAGAGUAAAGACGGAGGGGAGGAUGGUGGGAACGAGGGUGGUGGAAGGAGCAGGUUUGACACAGCUAUUCUGCAGAAGCUGGCUGAGUCUCUGCUGAAGAAGCUGGGAGCAGAGGUGAUGGUGGUGGCUGAUGGGCAGCAGGCUGUUGAUGCGGUUACCAGCAGCUGGAUUGCUGAAGACGCCCGGCUUGCUGCUGCUGCUGCGAGUGGUGGAGCGGGGAGAGGAGGUGGAGAGGGGGAGAGAGGGGAGGGGGAUGGGGAGGGUAGGCGGCCGAGGAGCAGAGGCGGGUGGGAUGGGAGUGGUGGGAGUGGUGGUGGGGGGGCGGAUUUAGCAGCAGGAGGAGGGGGAGCGCGUGUAGGGCAGAGGGGCAUGGGCAGGGCGGCGAGAGCAAGUAGUAGCGGUGGAGAGGCGUUUGAUGUGGUGCUUAUGGACUGUCAGAUGCCUGUGAUGGACGGUUACACUGCCACCCGCACAAUCAGGGCGGCAGAGGCCAGGAACGGGCGCCACACUAUCAUUUGUGCUCUCACUGCGCACGCGCUAGCCAGUGACGAGGCCAAGUGCAGGCAGUGCGGCAUGGAUGGGUACCUCACCAAGCCAAUAAACAUACGGCUGCUAGUGGAGACGAUUCACAAGCUCACUCGUAAAAAGAGCCUUCUUGCACGCCCGCCUUCCUCAGGAGGAGGCGCACAGUAG